AUGUUUAGAAACUCACAGGAAAGCAUUUUCAAUCAAAUUACUCAGCCUUUAUUACAAUACUCUGUAACGGAUGAUAACGAGAGCAGAGCUGAAGAAAAGGAAUUACCUGCUAAUAAAUUAGAACUUUCAGACACACAGGAUAGUAUUUUCAAUGAAAAUACUCAGAUCCUAUUACAAAACUCUGUAAUGGAUGAUAAAAAGAGCAGAGCUGAAGAAAAAGAAUUACCUGCUAGUAAAGUAAACCUUUCAGAUACAGAAAAAAGCGUUUCCGAUGAAAUGACUCAGUCCCUAUUACAAUACUCUGUAACUAGUGUUAACGAGAACACAACUGAAGAAAAAGCUUUACCUGCUGAAAAAUUAGAAUUUUCAGUUACCCAGAAACAUGGCUUAGAGACGAGCCAUAGUGGCAUAAAUUCACAAAGGAAAGGAGCUAGUGAGAGUGAUGAAGAUGAUUCUAUGACUCUUUUUG